AUGGCUUCACUUGUGCCUCUACCGCCAUUUGCGCCAGCCUCUGAAUCAUGGGACUCCUACCUCACUCGGUUCGACUGCUUUCUCCAAGCCAAAGAGCUGACGAAAGUAUCACAGGAGCAUAAGCGGGGCCUGUUCCUCAGCCUCUGUGGGCCUGAGGUGUUCGAGAUGGCCCGUGCAUUGGUUCAUAGAAUCAUAGAAUCCUAGAGUUGGAAGAGACCACAAGGGCCAUCGAGUCCAACCCCCUGCCAAGCAGGAAACACCAUCAGAGCACUCCUGACAUAUGGUUGUCAAGCCUCUGCUUAAAGACCUCCAAAGAAGGAGACUCCACCACACUCCUUGGCAGCAAAUUCCACUGUCGAACAGCUCUUACUGUCAGGAAGUUCUUCCUAAUGUUUAGGUGGAAUCUUCUUUCUUGUAGUUUGGAUCCAUUGCUCUGUGUCCGCUUCUCUGGAGCAGCAGAAAACAACCUUUCUCCCUCCUCUAUGUGACAUCCUUUUAUAUAUUUGAACAUGGCUAUCAUAUCACCCCUUAACCUCCUCUUCUCCAGUUGCGCCUGUAGCAGUCCAGGCAACACCGUGGGACACGAUCCAAGAGAAGCUCCGCAACCACUACGCACCAAAGCUGUCCAAGAUUGCUGCCCGCCAUGUGUUCUACCACCAGAACCAGGCAGAUGGGGAGUCAAUCAACAACUACACCACCGCCUUCCGACAGGCUGCAAUGCACUGCGAGUUCCGAGACUUAGACGAUGCCCUGAUGGAUCGAAUCGUCUGCGGGGUAUGGGACAUCUGUCUGCAACGGUGUCUCCUUGCCAGGCCAGACCUCACGCUGCAGAAGGCCACUGAGGAGGCCGUGGCCUCGGAAGCUGCUGAACGCUCCGCCCAGGAGAUCCGCAAGGCCAGCAGCUCGUGUCUUGCGAGGAAGCCAAUUCCAGUGCAUCACGAAGAGGCCAGCAGUGAUGAGGCAUCCUCCAGUGAAGAUGAUGACGUUCACCAGACAAAGCGGGAGCGCAGGAAGUUCCAAAAGAAGUCCAAGGGCCAAUCGGAAUGUGCCGGCUGCGGAGGCAACCAUUCCCGUGCCAAGUGUCAAUUCAGAGACGCCAUCUGUCGGACGUGUUCCAGAAGGGGCCACAUCGCUAAGGUCUGCUGAUCGGCUCCGUCUGACACCCCCCCUUCACCGACUCGCAAGUCCAAGCCUUCACUCCAGUCCGCCAAGGAAAGCUGUUUCGCUCUCACCAACUGCCGCUGCUCAUCUGGAACCACGAUUGGCCAAACCGACUUGCCUACGCGACGCAAGCUGAACGUCACGGUACUCACUGAAGGAGCUCCAUGUGACAUGGAGAUCGACACCGGGUCUGCCCUGUCCAUCGUGUCUUGGAGCACCAUCAAAAGACUGGUACCCCGAGUGUCCAAAAGGCAACUCAACUCUCACCGCGUACACCUGAGAGACAACCAGGGAAACGACAUUCCCGUGGUAGGCAUUGGCCGGUUCCGGAUCGCCUUCAAGGAUUUUUCGGGCCUGCUCCGGCUGGUGGUGGUUGAAG